AUGGAACAUGCUACUUGGCAACCCUUAGUUGUCUCUUUCUUGUCCUCCCUUCCGGCUGGAUCAAGUUUACUAACCAGUACGAAAACAGUCUCUGGUGAACCUUUGGAAACCAUCCUGAAUAACCAACAAUAUACUUCCUUGCAUUCAUUCCUAAAAGACUGGCAUUCUAUUUGCUAUCAAGGAAUUCAUGACCAUAAUCCUAGCGAAUCUAUCUAUUGGGAUAUCGAUCGUACCUACUUCCUCCUCAAGCAAGCUCUUUCAACAAAUACAAGCCAAAACCCCGAAAUCGGUUUAGAUAAUGCUUCUCUACCACAGUCCACCACCAGCCCUUCCUUAUUUCCCGAAAAUUCCCUUUAUCCUCAAUUUAAAUCUCAUGCCUUGAUGAUGCUGGGUCCAACGGGUCCUUUGUUCACUUCUCCCGCUCACCUUUCACGGUUAGAUUCGCGACUUCCAGAUGGUGGUAUUGUUGCAAAGCCCGUAGCCGUCAUGUCUUCUCCUGCAUAUGGUUCUGCCAACGAUGUUUCCCUCAAUAAAGUAUCCACUCCUCCUGCUUCUCCUAAACCUCCCAACCCCGUAGUUAACGUUCAUCCUUCGUCACUUAAAUAUCCAACCCCAAAACUCCUUUCUCUUGAUCCCUUUUCAUCUUUUUCUCCCAAUCGAAAUAGUUCCUCAACCGUCAUUUCCGACAAUACUUUUAAAACCGUCUCUACGUACUAUCAGUCGGAUAGGUAUCAAAAAUUACUCGACUUUGAAUCCGUCGAUGCAAAUUUUAUCCAAGAAAAUCUCGAUCUCGUAGAUGAAGAUGUUCUCUCUGACGCUCCUCUUCGCCGAGACUUGUUGCAUGUUUAUACUUUACUCCAACGUCUUCAGAAUAUCCAAAAUGUCAGAUUAGAUUCUCCUUCACCUCCUGAUGCUCCUUCAUUAGAAGAACGUUCAAUUGCCUCUGAAGUGGGCGCCUUGCUAUCAAAACUUAUUUUAUUCUACAAUAUGUCCCCUUCCGAUUUAGAGAUUCCCAAUAUGCAGUUUCCUUUCACAAAGUUUGGUCCACAAAUCCAAGGUUCCUUACCGCCAACGGCACAACCAUUCGAAAGUCCCGCCCAAGCUCAAGCAAGAGCUAGCCAAGUUUCCGCUCGUGGAAAUUCUGUCUUAAUGAAUGGUACUUAUGGUCAGUAUUCUUCUGACACUCCUAUUCAAUCCUACAAGCGCAGUAAAUCACGGCGAUAA